UUAGUAUAUCUGUUAAUGUGUGUUUAGAGUGCAUCGAAAAUAGUUGGGAGACAGUUUCAGUGCUUAGAAUAAACAAACUCUCUGUUCAUCAAUGAAAAAUUAGUUCACACGAUUGUUGAUAAGUAUUCUCUUCCAGUUAUAUCCAAAUAAUUAGUGUCACGCAAUUCUCCGAAAUCAUGGAUGAUUUUAGUUUCUCUGAGGAGGAGGGCGCAGACACCGCGGAUUCCCUGGACAUAAAACCCCCUCAAGCAACAGUUGCCCUCCACAAAUCAAGCUCCUCACGUCGUAGAGAGAAGCACAGUGACAGACGUGACAGACGUGAGGAUAAAGAACGAAAAUCUCGUCAUCAUGACCGAGAAGAAAGGUACAGAGAUAAACACAGACAUCGAAGGCAUGGGAUAGAGUCCCUAGACAGAUCCGACCGUCUGGAAAAUUCCAAAAGGGACAGAGAUCGGGCCGAGAGACUUGACAGGAGCUUGGAGGCCCACUCCAGGGAUGGAGAGUCUUCUAGACAUGAGAGAAAAGAUCGUACUACUGGAGAUCGUGUACUCGAAGAUCUGCGAACUAGGACCUUCAUUUCAAGAUUGCUGGAUAAACGUCGUGAGAGACGUGACGAUCCUCGGGAUAUUCGGGAGUACAAAUCCGAAUCACGACGCGAAUUGCGUAUUGAGGAGACAAGAGACAGACGCGAGCUGAGGAUUGAAAGUCGGGAGAGUCGUAUCGUGACUGAGGACAGUCGUGAUCGUCGUGAGAUUCGAGUAGAGGAGCGAAGGCACACGUUUAUUGACGAGCAGUACUCGGAAUCCGAGUUGAUAGAACGUGUGGAAAGGGAGAAGAGACACAAGAGGAAUCACAAGCAUGAGAGGACCAGGGACAGGGAGAAAAUUGAGAGGGAGAGGGAGGAGAGGGAGAAACAGUUGCGGGAGCCAAUGGAUCUUGGGCAGGAUGAAGAGGAGCCCAUGGACAUUACUGAUCACCCAAUCAUUCUGAAAGAUCCCAAAGAAAUGACAGAACAGGAACUUCGGAAAGAAAGGCUGCUGGAAGCUGAUCGCGAAAAGGCCGCAAGACGGGAAAGGGCGAGGUUAGAACUGGAGGAACGAAGAUUAAAGCGAGGGGAAAAGCGGGUCCACAGUCCUGAACCUGAUCCUGAUCAAUCUGUUGUGGACUUGUCUGAUGAAAGUCGAAGUGAAACUGAUGAUGAACAAUCGAAAUCUCCGAAGUCUCCAAGACAUUCUUCCGAAGACCGCCACAGUGGAAACGAGCGUUCGUCAGACCAUCACACGUCUGACUCCACGAGUUCCACUUCAGAGGAUGAGGAAGAGUCAAACGACUCAGCUCACGGUUCAAAAGAGGACUCCAACGAUGGUUCAGACUAUAACAAUGCCAGUCCCUUAUCAGUGGAUCGUCUUGCCAAAUCCGAUCACUCGGACGGUGACUCCCCAGGUCGAGUUGAGUCGAACGGAGUGAAACCAGAGGAGGAAGAGGAGGAGGUGAAGAAAGAAAUUGUCCCAGAGCUACCGCCAUACCUUCCUGCCAUCCAAGGCUGCAGAAGUGUUGAGGAGUUUCAGUGUCUUAACAGAAUCGAGGAAGGAACAUACGGAGUAGUCUACAGAGCUCGUGACAAACGAACUGAGGAGAUCGUUGCUCUGAAGCGAUUGAAGAUGGAGAAGGAAAAGGAGGGCUUUCCCAUCACGAGUCUGAGGGAGAUAAAUACUCUUCUCAAGGCCCAACAUCCGAAUAUCGUUACCGUCCGAGAGAUUGUAGUUGGCAGCAAUAUGGACAAGAUAUUCAUUGUCAUGGAUUAUGUGGAACACGACUUGAAGUCCUUGAUGGAGACUAUGAAGCAGAAGAAACAAGUUUUCAUUCCUGGGGAGGUAAAGUGCCUCAUGCAGCAGUUGUUGCGUGCAGUAGCGCAUCUGCAUGACAACUGGAUACUUCAUCGGGAUCUCAAGACAUCCAACUUAUUGUUGAGUCAUCGAGGCAUUCUCAAGGUUGGGGAUUUCGGGCUGGCGAGGGAAUAUGGUUCCCCCCUGAGGCAGUACACUCCAGUGGUGGUGACUCUAUGGUACAGAGCACCUGAACUUCUUCUGAAUGGGAAGGAAUACAGUACUCCAAUAGACAUGUGGUCAGUUGGUUGUAUAUUCGCGGAAUUGGUGAGAAUGGAAGCACUGUUUCCUGGUAAAUCAGAAAUCGAUCAGUUGAACAGAAUUUUCAAGGAGUUGGGAACACCCAGUGACAGGAUGUGGCCAGGAUACAGCAAAUUGCCGAUGGUCCAGAAGAUCACUUUUGGACACUAUCCAGUGAACAACCUGAGGCAGCGAUUCCACAUGUUCUUGAAGGACCAGGGGAUGGAGCUGUUGAAUAAAUUGUUGACGUACGACCCAGCUCAGAGACUGACUGCGGAGGAUGCGGUUAAACAUGGCUAUUUCACUGAAGCUCCACUUGCCAUAAAUCCGGAUAUGUUCCCAACAUGGCCUGCCAAGUCUGAACUAGGUGCGAGGACGGCCAAUGCAUCGCCGAAACCGCCUAGUGGAGGUAGGGAGUACAAACAGCUUGGGGAUGGCGAUGAAGCUGACAUCAAUUCUUCUGGGGGAUUCCACAUGGGACUCCUCGACGGGGGGAGACCUCCACCUGUAGGAGGGGGUUUUCAUCUGAAAUUCUGAGUGUUUUAAGAAUAUCAUCUAGUGUUGCAUUUUGUGUGAAUGGAAGCGUAUUGUAAGUUUUAAUUGUGAAGGAUUCUCCUUUGAGGAACUACGGUAGCCAAUUAUACACUCAAUUUUGUAUAGAACAAUAUAAAAAUGAUAAUUUUUUAAGUGAAUAAAGUUUUGAGGACUUAAAAA